UGGAUUAUGGUUGUUGAUGCCGGCCUUCGUCUUCUACAGCAUCUUAAUAUUUUAGUGAUAAAAACAGAUAAAAAUCUUCAAUAAUUUUUUGCUUUCCUCUUGUAACAUUGCCUCAUAUAUGUUAAACGCAAGGUGUAUCCUUGUAUAAUCAACAAUAUAUAUAUUGUUUUUUCAUUAAAUAAAUACAUAUAUAUUAUAUUUUUAAGUAAGUUUUAGUGAAUUUGUUAUUGUGUUCGGUAAAAAUGACGCCUCUUGUAGGCCUAUUUGAUAUAGCUUUAGAGGUUAUGUGAAUUGUUGACUAUUUAUUGAUGAAAUUUUGAAAUAAAUAGAAAACACUUUUAAUAAUGGGUCAGGGUACAGAAUCGUGUACAGAUAGACCUAGUGAGGUUAGUGUUAUCAGAUUCGUGUCUAGGAAUCGUACCAUUGAAGAAAUUGUUCCGAAAAAGGAAGUUUACCAAUGUAAGCAACGUGGAUGUGGAAAAAUUUUUACAAAUCAAGAUGAAUACAAGGCUCAUGAGAUUUUAGAAGCGCUGAAAAUUCGAUUUAUAUGCCGUGAACCAGGAUGUGGUGAAGAAGUAUCUGAUCCAGGCAGUAUGUGGCGUCAUUAUCAAGAGUGUCAUAAUGAAACGAACGUCUUUGUUUGUCCAUAUACAUCGUGUUCUUCUACUUAUGUGACUAGUGAAAAUCUAGCAGAGCAUAUAGAAACUUGUCAUAGACAACCACCGACACUUCCAACUGAACCAGAGAUUAUUUGUUUUGUCGAAGGUUCUGAGAAUACACAUGAAGAUGAUAUUAGUCAAUGCAAUGAAGAAGGAUAUUUUGAGACUGAUAUUGAUAGACAUUAUCAGAAUUCAGAAACUUUAGUUUCUGGUGGUAUAAAUUAUUGUCUUUCCAUAAAGAAUGAGCCAUCAAAAACAGAUCGAAAAAUAACGACAAAAGCUCAACAAAAAGAAGAUUAUAGUCUUGAAGCACAAAAGUUAAAAGACAAAAAUCAUUUGCCUAAUCACUGUAGGAUUUAUGCGAAACUUCCAAAAAAUGAAGAUCUUUUAAUAACAAAAGAAAAUUUUCUUAUGAAAUAUGAAGCGAGAACUUCAAAAUGUAAUGAUAGUUUUCAGAAUCAAGUCAGUGUUGUUUUUGUUAACGAUGAUGUAACAAUGACGAAAAAUAUAAAUUCGUCAAAACAAAUCACUUCUCCAAGUAAUAAUCAAAUUAUAGAUAUGGAAAAUUUAGAUAGAAUACUUUUCAGUAGUUUGGAUUGUCAAAAUAUGAAACUGGAAGAUGUGUCAAUCAAUGCAAGUACUAAUUGUUCUGACGAUGAAGAAUACACUCCAAAAAAACAAAGAAUGUCAAGAUAUAAAAAGGAAACAUAUAGAUGUGAAGUUGAAAGUUGUGAUGCGAGGUUUUAAGUUGUGAAUCAAAAUUCAUUAUCUUCGUUAAUGUUAUAUGAUCAUUUAUAAGACACUCAAAAUGAUUUUAAUGAACGAUACAAAUUUUGAUCCAAUACAAAAUUUUUUUUAGCAGUCAUAUUCUGCGUAAAGAAAUUAUUUCAAUGAAAAAACUGUAAGACUGAAUUAAAAUCUAAGCACGUAUAUGUUGAUUAGGAUCAUGAAUAUUUGUCUCUGCCGAAAUAUUUGAGAAAUUGAUUAUUAUUUAAUCAAAGUUCAUAGUAAUGUAUCUAAUCUGGAAAAUACCUGAACUGGAAUUGUAGAUUCUAGUAUUUUGAAAAUGACGUCUUUUACAAAAUAUGUAGUAAAAUUAAGUGCGAGAGAAGUCAGGUAAUGUAUCAUUUUCUAUAUAAAUUGUAGUAAAAGAGGUAAACUAAGAAUGCGAAAAGGUAUAUAAACUGUCUAGAACAUAUAUCAUGUAUUUCGAGAAUGGUGACUAUAUAUAAUUAAGAACUUACUGUCGAAAAGUUACUUACAUAAUUGAAAAAUUAUGCUUUAGUCAACUAUGCAGAAGAAACAUAAAUACUCAGUUAUUUAAAAGCUUUAGGAUUAAAAAUAAUCUAGUCAUAACAUUUUUUUUUAUUUUCAAUUGAAGAGGAACGUUAGAACAAGAAGGUAAUAAGCAGGAAGAACUGUUAUGAAUGAAGAAUAAUAAUCAGUUGAAAAUUUAAUCUGUUAUAAAAAAAAAUUUGCAAAUAUGUAUUUCAUGAGAAGGACGUUUUGUUACCAACAUUAGUGUUUUCUUCAAGUUUUAACAUGCAAAUAUUGAUUUUUUAAAUGAAAAUCUCAAAGUAUUAUACGGUAACAAUAAAAUUUAAUUUAGAACGAGAACAGUGAUUCAAUGUAUUACAGAUCGAUGAAACGCAGACAUGAUGUCGCGAGAACGUGACACUUAAAAAAAUAUAAAAGAUAACUGUAAUACAUGUUUCAAAAAGGUGUCAAUUAAAUUUUUCAAAUAGUCUUC